AUGAUCACUAAAGCCAGUUCUUUAAACAGCAGAGAAAGAUUGCUACGCUACAGAAGCCUGGAAGGACAAAACGAUGAAGCCAGCGGAUGCAUGUUUUUCCUAUCAAUACGUCAAAAUUUUGGACAGAUUUGGAACGAUAUUGGGAAUUUUACUAUGACAGCAAUUGAGAUGGGCCGGAAUGAUCCCCGGAAAAUCAUGUAUGCCAUCAAGAUGGGAUUAGCAUUGUCCCUUGUAUCUCUCCUCAUUUUCUGGAAAGAGCCUUUUGCUGAUGCUGCUCAGUAUUCAAUCUGGGCAGUUCUCACAGUCAUUGUUAUGUUUGAAUUCAGCAUAGGAGCAACCUUUAUUAAAGGAUUCAACCGCGGAUUAGGAACAUUUGGUGCUGCAGUACUUGCUUUUUGCUUCGGCGAGUUGGCUAUUUUAGCUGGAAAGUUGGAGAAAGUGGUAAUUGUCAUGAGUAUUUUCCUCAUGGCCUCAUUGUCAUCAUACUUGAAACUCUACCCGACAAUGGCAGCUUAUGAAUAUGGAUAUCGAGUAUUUGUAUUGACAUAUUGCAUCCUCAUGGUGGCUGGAAACAGGACAAAGUCAUAUACAGAAGCUGCUCUUACUCGGUUAAUACUUAUUGCACUUGGUGCGGGUGUCUGUUUACUUGUGAACAUUUUUAUUUACCCGAUAUGGGCAGGCGAGGAUUUGCACCGCUUGGUGGUAAAGAAUUUCAAGGACCUUGCAGCAGCUUUGGAAGACUGUGUUAAUGGCUACUUGCAAUGCGUGGAAUAUGAAAGAAUCCCCUCGAAAAUCCUCACUUACCAGCCCUCUGAUGAUCCACUAUAUAACGGCUACAGAUCAGUUGUGGAAUCAACAAGUAGAGAGCAAACAUUGAUUGGUUUUGCUAUCUGGGAACCUCCUCAUGGACGCUAUAAAAAGCUUAAUUAUCCAUGGAGAAACUAUGUCAAAGUGAGUGGUGCAUUGAGGCAUUGUGCAUUCAUGGUCAUGGCGCUACAUGGAUGCCUCCUCUCUGAAAUCCAGGCACCACCAGAAAAGAGGCAGGUUUUCCACAGCGAGCUUAAAAGGGUUGGCGCAGAGGGUGCAAAAGUUUUACGCGAACUGGAGAGCAAAAUCGAGGCUAUGCAAAAGUUGAACUCCGAUGACAUACUCAAACAAGUUCACGAGGCAGCCCAACAUUUGCAGAAGAAAAUAGAUCAAAAAUCAUAUCUUCUAGUCAAAUCAGAAACCUGGGAAAUUGGUAAUCGGUCUCAAGAAGUAGCAGAUAAUGAGAAUCUUCCCACUGAAAAUGAUGAUCAUCGAGAGUUGCAUUUAGGGUUCAAAUCCCUUAGUGAAACUGUACUUGAUCUGAGAUCAAUGCCAAUAUUGACAUCAAAUUUGGACUCAAAAGACUUAACGACUUACACGUUAAGGAAGCAAGUGCCAUGGCCUUCGUGUUUUGCCCUUGACGAUGAAUCUUUGGUUCGAGAGGAUGAAAUCAAGACAUAUGAAAGUGCGAGUGCUUUGUCUUUAGCUACGUUUGCGUCCCUUCUGAUUGAAUUCGUUGCAAGGCUUCAAAAUCUAGUCGAUUCUUUUGAAGAAUUAAGCGAAAAGGCGGAGUUUAAAGAAGUAUUAGCCAGAUAA